AUGUUACUGAGGUUGCUGGUGGUGACAUUAGUGGCGAUAAAGCGAGCGAGAGGAGUCCCAGCGCCCGCUCGUGUGGCCGACCCCUACUACCUGCUGCGGGAGAUGUAUCAAGGGCCGGUUGACAGCGACGAUCCUGCCCUUGUUGUGACCCCGGAAUAUCAGCGGACUUUCCACACAAAUCAAAAUCCUAAAUACAUAUACAAGGAAACCGGGGAUACAAGGCGUGAUAAGCCUCUCAAAUUGGCGAAUAAGAUAUGGAAGGUCGUAGGAGCUAGAAGACUUGGUGAGGAGCCAGGCGCGUCGAUGGGGAACAAGUACUCCACCCUGGGUCGAAAUGGACCUCGGAACCGGCUGGUAGGCGUGCUCGGGGGACACGGGGCUGACCGCGUCGACCUCUCCGACCCCGCCUGGCAAGUGGUGUCCCAGCUCCUCGUGCCCGUGGCUGUCAACGGCUUCCAGUCCGCGAACCUCCGACCCGAGGACUACUACUCGCACCGGGAAGAGAGGCCGACGACCCCUUCGGCUGAGACACCAGCGUCGCCUCCACUGCCGUCGCCUGCGCCUCCUACAGACGUCCCUGUUACUUCUAGGAUUGCACUGACGACGCUCUCCGACGAAGUCUCGGUUUCAGUGGCAGCGCGCAGUUGCUCGUCGAGACACCGACUGAACCACAGGCAGAGGAGAGCGAAAGCAGCGCCAGCCGCAACGGAAUCGCCGAGCCCUGGGCAGCCGACACAAGCCGUGGCGCCAAAUUCGAAAGAGGGUGAUUUCGAGACGCAGUCGAGGCCAACCGUCGGCGCAGCAGGAGGCCUGCAGGAACCUAGCGAAGGAACUCAUCAGAGCAUCGAGGAAAGCCCUGUUGACACUGAAGACACUGGUAUUCCCGUAGAUUAUACUGUGACAUUGUCAAAGAAUGACACAGACGUGACUACUGACUUCGAUGGUACUACCAUGCCCUUCUUUGGUACUACCAUACCCUAUGACAACAUCAACACCGAGAGCAUAAACACUGACGUCCCUGACAACAGUAGCUCCAAGAUGCCGAGUGUCCUUCCGACUGACGGUGGUGCCCUCUAUACGGAAACGACGACUGGGCACCUCAUUACCAGUGGCUCUACUGACUACAGCGACAUGACCACUGGAUUUCCCAACACACCCAACACAGCCACUAGAUAUACUAAUGCACCCAACAAUACCACUGACUUUACUAGCAUAGCCACCGAAUAUACUGACACACCCAGCAUAGACACUGAAUAUACUGCCACACCCAUCAUAGGCACUGAGUAUACUGACACUCCCAGCAUAGCCACUGAAUAUACUGACACACCCAGCAUAGCCACUGAAUAUACUAACAUACCCAGCAUAGGCACUAAGUAUACUGACACACCUAACAUAGCCACUGCGUAUACUGACACUCCUAGCAUAUUCAUUGAGUAUACUAACACACCCAAUAUGCCCACUGGGUAUACUGACACACCCAUCAUAGGCACUGAGUAUACUGACACUCCCAGCAUAGCCACUGAAUAUACUGACACACCCAUCAUAGCCACUGGGUAUACUGACACACCAAGCAUAACCACUGAAUAUACUGACACACCCAGCAUAGGCACUGAGUAUACUGACACUCCCAGCAUAACCAUUGAGUAUACUGACACACCCAGCAUAGCCACUGAGUAUACUGACACACCCAGCAUAGCCACUGGGUAUACUGACACACCCAGCAUAGCCACUGGGUAUACUGACACACCGAGCAUAGCCACUGAGUAUACUGACACACCCAGCAUAGCCACUGAAUAUACUGACACACCCAGCAUAUCCACUGAAUAUACUGACACGCCCAGCAUAGCCACUGAAUUUACUGACACACCCAGCAUAGCCACUGGGUAUACUGACACACCAAGCAUAGCCACUGAGUAUACUGACACGCCCAGCAUAGCCACUGAAUAUACUUACACACCCAGCAUAUCCACUGAAUAUACUUACACACCCAGCAUAUCCACUGAAUAUACUGACACGCCCCGCAUAGCCACUGAAUAUACUGACACACCCAGCAUAGCCACUGAAUAUACUGACACACCCAGCAUAGCCACUGAAUAUACUGACACACCCAGCAUAGCCACUGGGUAUACUGACACACCAAGCAUAGCCACUGAGUAUACUGACACACCCAGCAUAGCCACUGAAUAUACUGACACACCCAGCAUAUCCACUGAAUAUACUGACACGCCCAGCAUAGCCACUGAAUUUACUGACACACCCAGCAUAGCCACUGGGUAUACUGACAAACCAAGCAUAGCCACUGAGUAUACUGACACGCCCAGCAUAGCCACUGAAUAUACUUACACACCCAGCAUAUCCACUGAAUAUACUUACACACCCAGCAUAUCCACUGAAUAUACUGACACGCCCAGCAUAGCCACUGAAUAUACUGACACACCCAGCAUAGCCACUGAAUAUACUGACACACCCAGCAUAGCCACUGAAUAUACUGACACACCCAGCAUAGCCACUGGGUAUACUGACACACCAAGCAUAGCCACUGAGUAUACUGACACACCCAGCAUAGCCACUGAGUAUACUGACACACCCAGCAUAGCCACUGAAUAUACUUACACACCCAGCAUAUCCACUGAAUAUACUUACACACCCAGCAUAUCCACUGAAUAUACUGACACGCCCAGCAUAGCCACUGAAUAUACUGACACACCCAGCAUAGCCACUAAAUAUACUGACACACCCAGCAUAUCCAAUGAGUAUACUUACACACCCAGCAUAGCUACUGAAUUUACUGACACACCCAGCAUAUACACUGAGUAUACUUACACACCCAGCAUAUCCACUGAAUAUACUGACACGCCCAGCAUAGCCACUGAAUAUACUGACACACCCAGUAUAUCCACUGAGUAUACUUAUACACCCAGCAUAGCCACUGAAUUUACUGACACACCCAGCAUAUACACUGAGUAUACUUACACACCCAGCAUACCCACUGAAUAUACUGACACGCCCAACAAAGCCACAGCCAAUGGAGACAUCCCUUCCGCCAGCAAAAUGUCGUCUGAUUUACCCAGUACUACCAAUUUCUACACAGAUACAUCUACUGAAUCCACUGAUAUAGCCGGUAUUUUCUCCAGAAGUACCUAUACUGACGAAUACUCUGAGUAUACUGGCGUUACUAAUGAAUAUGACAACACGGCCUUUGACAACACCGUCCUAUCAACUGGCACGACUACAUACAUGACCACAGAAACUGCAAAUGGGAUUCCUCAAACUGACAGCGUCACAGAACAUUUCAACGUGGUGGCAGAGCAGGCCAGUAAAGCACGGUCGUUUUAA